AUGAAUUGUUAAAUUUGCUUCCUUGACAAAUAGAUGAUUAAACCUGGAGAUUGUUCUCAUCAAUUUUGCAAAGAAUGCGUCAUCAUGUAUUUGAAAGAAGCAAUUCAGAGUGGUAGUGUAUUUAAGAUUACAUGUCCUGCUUGCACCGCAAAAUACAACGCUUUAGUAAUCAAACAAUAUUGCGAAGACUUGUUUCCCAAAUAUUUGGAGUUAAAGCAGAAGGCUAUAAUAACCUGUUCUGUCUGUAAAGAGGAUUUAAAAACCCACAAGUGUGGUACCAAGGUUUGUUCAAGGUGCGGUGAAAUUCACUCUGGAUAGUGUAGCUAAAGAUGCCCAAACUGUUUGAUUCCAAUAGAAAAAAUUAGCGGAUGUAAUCAUAUGGUUUGUAAAUGUAAAUAUGAGUUUUGUUGGAUUUGCAAAGGAUAAUAUAGUAAAUAUCAUUAUAGAUUAUGGAAUAUAUUUGGAUGUCCAUUUCCGGGAUCAAUGAUGAGAUCUAUAGAGCCUUUACAAUAACCCAUGUUAUUACGAUUACUGAUGGUUCUACCCAAAAUCAUAGCAUUCAUACUAAUAUUCUGCAUCCUGCUCUUAAUAUAUCCAUUUUUUUGUUUAAUUAUCACUGUUAAAUUCCAUUAUCAAUAAUUUAAAAUCAAAAAAAUCAGAAUAUUAUUGGUAUUUCUAUUUCCAUUGACUUACUUGAUACAUUUUUUUUAUAAAGGAAUAUUUGUUGUGCAGCAUAAAUUACAUUCUCUUAGUUGA